UGGAAUCAUUUCUUUAGUAAAAAUAUAAAAAAAGAUAUUAUUUAUUUAUUUUUUUUCUCUAUGUAUCGACGAUAGCAUUCGAAGUUACAAACCUCCUCUACCGUCAAACUAUACUGAAGUUAACCACGUUGCGCAGAUUGAGUAUGUUCUCCCACUGUGCAAAAUAUAAAUAUGAUACAUAAACCAAUGUUUGUGUGUAACAUAUUAACUAUUAACGCAUUAAUGAUAUGUAAUAUAAGUAUGUAUAUUUAUUUGUAAACAAUUACGAUCUUACUGUAUAAAUGUUUUAAGCAACAUGACUCCAGAAGUGUCUAAAAAAAUUAUAAAUCAUAAAAUGGACGAUUCUGUAGAGAACCUUUACGAACUGGAAAAGUGUAGUAAAUGGAUUGACGAGUGUAAUUUAAAUAAGGUAUGCCUACAAUUUCCUGAUGACCUUUUACCAGAUUCAGUAGAAAUUGCAUUACACUUAGAGAGACGUAUUAAUAAGAAAGUAUACAUUUUGGGAGAUACCACUUGUGGUAGUUGCUGUGUUGAUGAAAUUGCAGCUGAACAUAUUAAUGGUGAUAGUAUAAUACAUUUUGGUCAUACUUGUCUAAGUCCUAGUAUACGUCUACCUGUAUUUCAUGUUUUACCAAAAAAAGAAAUUGAUAUAGUAGAAUUAAUUAACAAAUUUAAAUCCAAUUUCGAAAAUAAGUCUGAAAAAAUCUUGUUUUUCUAUGAUGUUGCUUAUGCACAUAAAAUUGAGAGUAUACAUCAAAUUUUGAGUCCUAUUUAUGAAAAUUUAAUCUUUACUUCAUUAAAUUGUACCUGUAAUGUGGAAUUUGUACAAACAAAAAAUAGUUCACCUAUAAGUAUCUUAGGUAGAAGUUUUAAAUUAGAAGAAGAAUGCAAAAUAGAAGAUUACAUAGCAUUUUUCUUGGGAAGUGAUGGGAAAACAUUUGCUGCAUUAGCACUGACAAUUCCUGUAAAAAACUGGUAUUAUUAUGAAAAUAAUACUAUUAUUGAAUAUGAAGCUUUGAACACACCAUGGUUAAAGAGAAGAAGAUUCUUAGUUGAAAAAUUAAAAGAUGCUAAAGUUGUUGGUAUAGUUGUAGCAACGCUUGGUAUUAAAGAUUAUCUUAAAGUAAUAACAAUGAUGAAGGAUAUUUUAAAGCAAAAGAAUAAAAAGUCUUACAUUUUGAGUAUUGGUAAAAUUAAUCCAGUUAAACUUGCUAAUUUUCCAGAAAUUGAUGCUUUUGUUGUAAUAACAUGUCCUGAAAAUGAAGUGUUCGAUUCUAGAGAAUUCUUAAAACCAAUACUUAUGCCUUAUGAAGUAGAAUUGGCAUUUAAUAGUUCAAGGGAAUCUUACACGCAAUAUUGUAUGGAUUUCAGACAAAUACUUCCUACAGGGAUGAAUUAUGUUGAUUUUAAAGCAUCAACAAAUUCAGAUAUUUCUUUAAUUACUGGUGAACUUAGAAAUUGUGACUCAGAAAACAAACCAUGUACAGAUAAAAUGAAUGCUUUAGCAAUUAAUAACACUGCAGGUAUUGUUGCAAUUGGAAAAGCAGGAGCAGAAUAUUUAUAUAAUAGAUCUUGGAAAGGGGUUGAACAAAGGUUGGGCAAAGAUGCAGUGCACUCAGCAGAGGUUGGUCGUUGUGGUUUACCAAGUAGUUAUGAAAAUGAACCUAUUUCUGUAGAAAAAGAUAAGAAAUAAAUAUAACAAAUAUAAAAAUUUUUA